CUGAUAGUGGGUGGGAUGGAAGCAACUUUGGAGCAGCAUUUGGAGGACACAAUGAAGAAUCCAUCCAUUGUUGGAGUCCUGUGCACAGAUUCACAAGGACUUAAUCUGGGCUGUCGUGGUACCCUGUCAGAUGAGCAUGCUGGAGUGCUAUCUGUUCUAGGCCAGCAAGCAGCUAAUAUAACCUCUGACCCCACUGGUAUUCCUGUGGUCUGUGUAGAGCCAGAUAAUGGGAACAUUAUGAUCCAGAAACACGAUGGCAUCACAGUGGCAGUGCACAGAAUGGCCUCCUGACACCU